GUCAUUAAUUGUAAACGAAUCAUUGGACUGUGGAGCCGUGUAACAAAUAAUUUUAUGUAAAUUACGAACUUACAGUGUUUGGUUUUCACUUCGUUUUAAAAUGAAAUAAAAUAAUCGUUGAUAAUUAAUAAAAGUGUAAUGUGACUUAUUAGAUUGAUUAAAUAGUCGUUAUUACAUUUCUCUUUAUCCAUGGCUUCUACACCAAAACAAUCGAAUGGCAAUUUGCCAUCGAGCAACGGUUCCGGUGUAAAGCGGAAAAAAUCGCGUGGAAGUAAAGGAAAUUAUCUAUCGAAAUGGUUGGACAAAACAAUGCAUCACAUUCAAGAAUCUACUCCAAGCUCCGAAGUGUAUGAUACUUAUAUUAAUUCGAACACGAAUUGGCCCACCGGUUCCCAGUUUGCUCCAGGUUACGAUCCAUACAAAUACAAUAUGUACGGAUGCGCUUCCGAACCCAUGUCACUUCCUUCACUGCCGACAUAUUACAAUCCAAUGAUACCUCCGCCCUAUUCUGAAUAUCGAUAUAUACAAAACGAGCAUAAAGGGAUUCAAGUUCAAAGACCGAGACAGCGACGUCGCAGUGACAAUAAAGCCGAAGAGCUAUCUAGUACACCAGCUGAUACUCCUAUGAACCAAACGAAAUAUUUGCAACCAAAGAAUUACUCAGAUAGUCAAGAUUUUGCUAGUCUCCCGCCAAUAGUGACUUCCAUGGGUGAUACAAAUUCAAACAGUGAUAUGCAGACCAAUGAUAAAGACGAUGCAAGUAAUGCAAGAAGAUAUAGUGACCCUUGUGUUAGGGGAUUACCAGAUGUCACCAGGCCUAAUGGGGAUGUAGAUUCAGGUUCUGAAGCUAGUUCUGGUCUAUCAGGCAGUCAAGUUGGUAGCCGGUUAUUGUCAUGUCUGCUUGACCAAAUUUCAAACCUUAAAAUUAAUAAUGAACGUUUGAACAAAGAGUUACAAGAGACACGAGCUGAAUUAGAAAACGUGCGGCAUCAUAAUACAUACUUUCCAAAGGGAGCUGCGACAAAUCUUAAUGGAAAUGGCGGUCAAUACUCGCCGGGAUUCUUGACGGACUUGGUGCGCGAGAUACGAGACGCGGCGCGCAUGCGCGAGGAAGCGAUGUACGCGAGGCUGCGCACAUUGGUACUGGAGAGAACCGACAGUGGCUUAUCGUCAGCCGAGUCGAAACUUGCGGAACGGACACUUGAAGAAAUCAAGAGCUCUCUGCGUGCUUCGGAGGCUGAUAAGCGACGCAUGAUGGAUCGAAUUUUGAAAAUGGAAGACGAAAUACGACUAUUGAGGCUAUCGAGCGGGUACGACCCUAACGAAAAUCGAAUGAACGGGAACGCGGAAGACGCAGAGAGUGAACGGCUGCGCUUGCGCAAGGAACUAACUGACAUGCGCAAAGCGAAGCAGAGCGCAGAGGAGCAUACCCUUAAACUUGAACGUCUAGUAACGCAGCUACGUUCAAAAUUCAACGGCCUACAGAUAACGAACGGACCCGACUCGUUGCCGAGCGAUCACGAACACGAUACGCGCACGCGACGAACCAGCAACUCGACAAAUCCGACAAACAUUUCGACCAACAAUUUAAGCAACAACUUGCCCAAUCUCACUAAUCUGUCCAACACUUCGGCCAAUUCGACGGUAGUCUUUGGACCAGUUACGGAUUUGUAGCGAAUGGAACUUGGGCAUGUAAUGUGCUACAUUGUCACGGACUUUUUCAAGUCGUUAAGACAUAGGAUGGUAAAAUAGCGCUGAUUUUUGAGCAAUAAUUGAGUGUUGAUUAAUAAUAGAUGUGUGCUAACGAUUGCAGUGUCCGUUACGUAUUGUGUGAUUUUUAAUAAAACUAUGUUUAGUGAAUCGAGAAUCUCGUAAUUAAAAGCAAAUAUCGAAUUAACUUCAAAUCAUAUUACACUCGUUUCAAAAUUUAUGUCUAAAUAACUUCAUUUCAUAAUUAAAAUCUCUUUAAUAUUUGAUUGGAAGUACAAUAUGUUAAAUUUUAAAAUAUAUUUCAUUAAACUCUCUCGCCUUGUUGAUAGCUUCGGCGUUAUGUACUUAUAAAUAUUGGUUAGUAUCGUUAAAAUGGAACGAAUUUUCGGCAUUGCUCAUUAAAUAUCUGUGAUUUUGUUUACUUAUAAUCAUUAAUUACUGGGCUCGAUGUCAAGCUUUACAUAAUUGUAAAUAUUCAUUUAAUUUAUACAUAUUAAAUACAAUAAUGUUAUGCAAACAUUGUAACUAACUGUUUUUAUAAAGUUACAACUAUAACCAAAAUAACUAUUAUUGAAGCCGUAUAGAUUUUAUUUGAACAAGCGUUCAAAUAAAAUCUAUACGGCUAAACAAAUAAAAUAAAAUCUUUGUUUAAGUUAUUAGGCUAACAAUAGCCUUUUUUGACGAUAUUUUUUGACAAAAUUGACCCAUUUAGUGCCGAUGGGGUUAUUAUUGCCCCUUAUUUAUUAUUUUUCAACUGAAAACUACAAAUUACUAUAACAGAGUAGUUCAAGGUGUUCAAUAAGCAAGAUAAGUGUAAAAUUAUGCAGUGGCGCAGUUAGAUGGGAAAAGGGGACCUUAUAAGGUGUGGUGUUACAUUGAUUGGGACAAAUAUCGUUAUAAAUUGGUACUCAGCACUGAUUCAAAAGUAUGGAUAAAUUAUAUAUUUAUUCUAUGACUGCCAAUAUUUAUUUGGUACUUGGUAUUGCUAGUAAAUGUAAGUAUAAAAUAGUUCAAUAAAUAACUGUUAAGCUUGUUUUUUUUUAAUAUCUUGCUCCUAGGGCCCCAUCUCCCUAAGGAGUACGCCGCACCGCCUUGCCCCAUAAUAUCUUCGUCACUGCAUUUACGGGUUGACCCGUUGUUAUUUUUUUAACUUUAAAAUAAUUUCGCUUCUGACAUCGCGGUUUUGUUUUUCGUAAAGAUCGAAUUAUAUUCAUUUCCUCAUAUAAUAUGUACAUUGAUUUAUCACCACGAAAGAGUUUGAAUUAUUUUAAUUAACACGUUGCUGUAUGUUUUUGUGCGCGUUUGCGUUUUUUUUUUCCUUAGGUGUCAUUGACCUCGCUUCUUAUUUGUUGAUUAUUUUAUAACAUGUAAGAUUGCUCAGUUUUACGGACGUUUUUAUAAAUUUCACAAUUUAAUUUUUUUUUUUGAUUUUUAAUUUGCGGUUAAUUAAAUGUUAUUGUAAAAUUAAAGAGAUGCUUUUGUUUUUCAUUUUCAUCUAUUUAUUAACGAACAGUUUUUACAAGUGUAUCUGUUUUGCUUAUAUAAUACAGGUAACGAGUAGAAAUGUGCCACUAGAAGCAAUUUGAAUUCGUGAACUUUUUCGCAUUAAUCAUGUUGCUUGCUCUAUAUAUUUUAAAAACGUUAAUAUAAAAAAAAAUACUAAUAUUGGUUGAUAGACGAAAGUUUCUAACCGUUAACUAAUAUAAAAGAACAUAGGAUUUUAUACAAUACCUAAAAAUAAAAUUGUUCAUAUUAUAAUUGUCUAUAUAAACAUACAAGUUAUAUAUAUAUAUAUAUAACUCCCCCUCAUAAUAUCACUAUGUAAUAUAAGCUUCUCAAAAAAUCUUAAAUUUCAAGUUCAUGCGUUUAUGAGUUAUGAACCCUUUGUCUUGUCGAUUUGACGGAUAGCAAGGGGUAAGCAAGGCUGGAUAGGGAACAAAAUGUCACACGAAUUAAUUUUACGAAAAUCAUAACUGAAAAAAAAUUAUAUUGAAAUUGACAUUUUGUACAGAUCUUAAUCAUAUUUUUUUUUUAUAAAAGAUAUCAUCUAUCUUUUAUUUUAAUCAGCAUCUAUAUACACGUUAAUUCUAAAUAACAGUGCAAAUUUAAUAGAAUAUAAUAAUUAAGUGAUCAGAGUGAAAUAGAAACACCGCGUUUUGUAAGAAAAUUAUUAUAUUUUUUUUUUUAUAUUCGCCGGGAGGGCAAAUGACUCUACUCCACCACGGUAAGUGGUAGUAGAGUCCAAACGCGACGACGGCCAGUACAGACGGAAAAAACGUUCUGCACUAGCCGCCCUCGCCUUGCCGGCCCGCAAGUUGCCAAUAUUUUAAAAUAAUUUCAAUAGACCACAAAUAAAAAGCCAUGCCUUUUUGUCCCUUUCUAACGUACAAUGCGACAAGAUGUCGGUGUCUAGUGAUGACCUUUAUUCUAAACUAUUAUGUUUGUGAGUCUUUUUUGGUAUAUAAAUUUAAGAUGACCCCUUGUUUUAUAUCGAAAUAAGAAAAUCGAUUAGUAUUUGUAAUGCUCUCUAGUUUAACAUAAAAUUAAUUAUUUUGUUGUCUAACGCAGUGUCUAAAUACUCAAAUAGCGUUGAGAGAUGUUUGUUUUUAUAUUUACAAAUGCUAUCAAUAAAUAAGACUAAAAAUAUAAUAAAUAUAUAACUUUCUGUAAUAAUAAUUAAAAUGAGUACUCACCUUUGUCUAACUUCACCUGUAAUUCAUAAAAAAAAACGUCUUUAUUUAUUUUUUUAUCAAGUCUGCUGCCUGUUUUCAAUGUAAUACUAAUAUUAUUCAUUACUAUUAAAUGUAGCACUUGUGUUUGUGGGUCGAUAAAGGUUCAAAGGGGUCAGAAUCGAACUGCAACCUUCAUAUUGCCAGGUUGCCUGUCAAUUGUUGAGCAAUUAAGACGUCAUUGUUCCUAUUAACUUGUCGUAAUAGAACAACCAGACUAUGUAUUAAUAAAUAUCUUAAUUAUUAUGAAAAACGUUUUACAUAUAUGAAAAUAGCGAAUAAAUUAAUAUUAAUAUUAGAAGUAUAUUUUGGCCUCUUUAAUAGCGUGUUAUCUAUAAUAUUGUGAUUCAAGUUUUGUCUAAAUACUCAAGUAAUGUUGUUUGUCCGCGUGUUUAUAAAUACUAACGAUUCAGUGUACGUAGAAAAUUGACUCGUGUAAUUCAUAUAUGUGUAAUUUUGCUUAUAAAAAAUAUUCGUUUUUUAUCAAUUCGGCUUGGUAGCUCGACCAGACUAUGUAUAAAUCGUAAAAUAUAAUAGUUAUGGAGCGAUUUGAUUAUACUAAAGAUAAAAUAACAUAAAGUGCAAGUAAGUUUUUUGUAUAUUGUAUAUAGUAUAAUAAACUGGCUGAGUAAUAGUUAAUAAUACAAAGUAAUUAUAAUAAUAAUUAAUAAUCAUAAGCUAACCGAAGCAAUAUGCCUUACACAGAGAUAAUUAAUAUUAGUAUCAUCCUAAUAUAACACGAGAUUCUUUACACGUUUGAUUAACUCAAUUCUUCAUUAUCUAGUCCAUACAAGCAUUUACACGUUUUUUAUUCCACACGUUAUAUAUAAUACAUAUUAUUUCAUAUAUUAUAUAAAUUACAGUAAACGACGCACAUUAAAAUACUAUGUAUAAUCAAAUAUUUUGUAGAUCGUAAGCUAAUAACACACGUAGCAACCUAUAAAGCUAUCUACUGUCAAAGAAAUGGCAUGGCCUUUGACUUGUAACAUUUCGACAAUUCGAUUUAUUAAAAAAAAAAAAUUGAAUAUAUUAUCUACAUUUUACUAACCACCGACUUCAUAUUUAGAAUAGACUGAUUUCACUAAUUUAUUAUCUAACUAUUAUUAAAUCAAAUACCAAAUUAAAAUAAAUUUAAUCUUUAGAUACUAUCAUAGAUUUUUAUUAACUUAUUAUAAUUAUAAUUUAAUAUAGUACUAUAUAAUCAUUGUAUGAAAAGUUUCAAGAUAAUAUGUAACAUUAAAAUUGAUUUCAAUAUUAUUUAAAGUGAAUAAAAUACUUAUAAUUUUGACGUUAAUUGUAAAAACAAUAAGCCGGUUACACACGUACGACUCGAGUUCGCGAAUAACCGUCAUGGGAAGUGACGCUAUAUAAAUUAUUCCAAUCGAAGAACGAGUAAAGAUAAACAAACCUUGAUUAGAUUUACAUAUUCCACGCGAUUUGCUAAUAGUUCUGCUGUGUUAUACACUACAAACAGUUCUUGAUUAAUUUACUUUUAUUUAUAAUACAACACUAUUCCACUUAAAUAGUUAUAACCUUGCAAAGUUCCGAAUACAACUUCGCGGGCAUUAAAAACGUCAUUUUCACGCGAAUCCAUAGUGUAAUACCAUUAUUAUAUUAUUCGGGAUCUCGACAAAUGAUAUCGCGGUAAUUCAAUGUCAAAGUUGUUUUUUUGUCUUUACUCUUCUUGUGAUUGAAAUAGGCUUUAUUAGCCGAUAUCCCUGCGAGUUAUGUAUGAAUAUUUAAAUUAGGUAACGUUAAAUUUUUCUGCUAACCGUCCACACGUAUUAGAUCGCCACGAACGUGUUUUACGAACACAAGUGUUUAAUGUUCGUUAAUGGUUUGUAACGUAUCAUAUUGUAACGCAACAAAUUCGUUCGUACGUUAUUAUGAUUUAAAUUUUCUAACUCGUUUUUUUAAUUAUAGUAACGUUCGUAUUCUAGAAUAAAAUAAUGGUGCCUUAUUCGUAAUCAUGUCCGCCCAUGAAUAUAUGUCUGUUUUUGUGUACUCUGUGCCAUUUUCUUUUAUAAUGAAUAUACUUCUGUGCUUGUUUUUAUUUUGUCAUAUUCAAAAUAUACGAUACUAUGUAAGCUCAUUCGUAAUUAAACCUUGAUAAAUGUUCAUAUUUAUACCAAUUUAGUAUUUUAAGGUUGUGUAUUUGUGUUUAGAUGUGUUGAUUAGCUUUGGUUAUUGUUUUAAUGUUUAAGAUUUACCAAACAAAAGGUCUCGUAUGAUAGUAAUUUAAACGGAGCACUAAUAUGCACAUUAAUAUUGUAUAAUCUGUUUCUAUCUAAUGUGUACAAAUGGAAAACAAAUUUAAUUAUGUUUUUAUACUUACGUUUACAUACUGAAAUGAUGAUCAAUGUUAGAUUAAUUAAUUAGAAUAGCCGACCAUUGAGAGCUCAGUAUUUAAUUUAACUUUAAUCAUCAUUGUUCUCGUCAUUUGUCUCGAUGUUUUUUUUAAACAUUGUUGUUAAUACAUAUUGGAGUUAUCAAUAAGAAAAUGUGUUCGGUACUUUGUUUGCGAUUUGUACAAAUUAGUUUGAAAAAAAUGGUGCGUGUUUCAUUUUGUAAUACUCAUUUACAAUUAUUUAUAUUAUUAUUUAACUGUCUAAAAUGUCACAAUUUGUAAGUUCAAUGGCUGGUAUAAGGUUAUAAAUAUAAAAUAAAUGAU